UUCGGAGGUUCUCUUUGAGCCGCACAGGCAUCCRUACUGUCACUCGAGUCAUGGCUGCUCCCAUGUGCUAGUUUGAGUAAAUUGCAAAGCAAGCAACGCAGCAGAACUGAAGACAUUAACACUGUGGGACAGAAAGRCGUUUUAUAAAGCAGAAUAGAAGAAAUCCGAGAGACGAAAGUGUCGCAGGCUGCGUCCCAUGCUGGUGCGGACGGCCCGGCGGCUCCCUCUCAUCACCUUCGGUCGGCUCCAUCCUUCCCCCUCGUAUUCAGCCAAUCAGACGUGUCGGAGGAGACAGAGCUCUAUGGACRCCCAGGUCUCCGCCGCUGACCCCUCGUCCGGGGUUAGUUCUGAUUCAACGCACGUUCCAGCGGAACCGCCCACCGCCGGCCUGUUACCUGGAGAGACUGUUGUGAAGGAGGGGAAGGCAGCCAUCUUGUUUCCCAACGCCAACGAGGUGUUUUACAACCCRGUCCAGGAGUUUAACAGAGAUUUAACAUGUGCCGUGAUCACGGAGUUUGCUCGAGACGUGUUGGCGCAACGGGGGGUGAAGGUGCUCGUUCCUGGAGAAAAAGAGCGAGUGGUUGUGUCUCUGUCGGAGGAGACGAACGAGGCCGAGACGGCGGAGAAAAACGGUGCAGAGGAGCCCAAAGUUACAGCAAGAGUAGGGGAAAAAUGUGAGAACGGUCUCCGCGUCCUGGAGGGCCUGGCGGCCUCCGGGUUGCGCUCGGUGCGUUUUGCUCUGGAGGUCCCCGGCCUGCAGAGCAUCACCGCCAACGACUUCUCCAGCAAAGCGGCGGCGCUGAUCGCCCGGAACGCCCAGUACAACCGGGUCGACCACCUGGUGCAGCCCAGCUGCAGGGACGCCAGCAUCCUCAUGUAUGAAAUGCGAGGGAAGAAAGAGCGAUACGAUGUCAUCGAUCUGGAUCCCUACGGAAGCCCGGCGGCGUUCCUGGACGCAGCAGUGCAGGCUGUCAGUGAAGGAGGCCUGCUGUGCGUGACGUGCACCGACAUGGCCGUGAUGGCGGGAAACAGCGGGGAAACCUGCUACAGCAAAUACGGCUCAGUCUCCAUCAAAAGCAAGUACUGCCACGAGAUGGCUCUUCGUAUCAUCCUCCACAGCUUGGACCAGCGGGCCGGAGUGUACCAGCGAUACAUCCAGCCGCUGCUGUCCGUCAGCGCCGACUUUUACAUCCGGGUCUUUGUUAGAGUCUUCACAGGACAGGCUACUGUCAAGAACUCUGCCAGUAAACAGGCGUUGGUGUACAACUGCGUUGGCUGUGGCUCCUUCCACAUGCAGAGGCUGGGUAGAAGAAUAAGCAGCGGCAAACACAUGAAGUAUUCUGCUGCCACUGGACCGCCGGUCGGACCAGAGUGUGAGCACUGUGGACAGAGACACCAGCUGGGUGGUCCCUUCUGGGCCGAAGCCAUCCACGACCUGGACUUCGUCCAGAAGGUUUUAGAGGCCGUGUCGGGGAACCCGUCCAGAUUCGGAACAUCCAAACGUAUUGAGGGCAUGCUCAGCAUGGUUACCGAGGAGUUGGAAGAUGUUCCUCUCUACUACACAGUGGACAAUCUGAGCAGCACAAUACACUGUAGCACCCCGUCGUUGCUCCAGUUCAGGUCGGCUCUCCUCCACGUGGGCCACAGGGUUUCUCUCUCUCACGCCUGUAAAAACGCGGUGAAGACAGACGCUCCUCCUGGAGUCAUCUGGGACGUCAUGAGAUGUUGGGAGAAAACGAAUCCCGUAAAAAGGGAGAAAUUGUCUCAGACCAGUCCUGCGUUCAAGAUCCUCUCCACUGAACCCAGUCUAGAAGCCUGCUUCACCGUGAGAGAGGAUGCAAACCCUCAGUCUCGUAAACGCCACCUGACCCGGUUCCAGGAGAACCCUCAGGCCUUCUGGGGGCCCAAAGCUCGAGCCAAAGCAGGGGGCGGCGUCUCUACUGACCUGCAGGACAAGAGGAAGAAGUUCCAGAACAAAAGGAAGAACCAGAUCACCGACUCGUCGCAGCUCAAGAACUUCCCCUGCAAGAAAUUCAAGCAGGGAACGUGUCCGCACGGAGACGGCUGCUGCUACUCCCACCAGACGGAGCAGACGUGURAUGAGAAGACUGAAUGAGUGCUAGCUAUUUGUUUUCAUUCUGAGGAGUUUUAUGUUUUAUCUUUUAUUUUUAGUUGAAAUGGCAGAGUCUGGAUACUCUGAGGUUAGUUUUGGACCGCUGAACAGAAUGGAAAGAAUCUCUUCGGUUUUGCGCCAAUAAAACAUGUAUUCCAUUCAAA